CAUUUGCGGACUGUCAUCCUCCAUAACUUGCGAGCCAGCUGGUGUGAUGUCAAUUACGAAGCUUUUCAGUGCCUGACAGGUGCAUAUAAGACGAGAUCAGCUUCACAUCACCAUAUAACUAUACCUGCUGUACCAAGAAAACCAGUUAGAUAUGCGCUCUCUUGUAAUAUUGGUGCUUUGUGUUGGUACUUGUUCGUCGGUUUUCCAAAGGCCAGAGAAAUGGCCUUGUCUCACUCCAAGUUUCAACAGAUUACAAGCAUGCACGACCAGCGACCCAUGCUGUUUCGUUGAACCAGUCUUUAGGAAUGGAUGCUUCCACGGCUGUGACGUGAAAUGUCGAAAUUCCGCUUUCUGCGAGCGGGCUUGCCCCGUGCUGUCAUUGGACACUGAAACAAUGAAGCAAUGUAUCAAUAGAGACCCCCACUGUUUCGUCCAAAAGCUGACAGAGGUUAAUCUGAUGAAUGGCAAGCAGUGCUUCAGCGGCUGUGUAAAGGCCUGCCUAUAAAUGUUAUUCCUCGUCAUUAAAGUCUUAAAUUGAAAA